GACGCUCAGCAAAGAAAUUUUCCGUCCCUGUGCAUCUGGGUGUUCAAUAAGAAGUCAACCUUUUUCAAACUUAACCUAUUCAAUUGGACUUUUUUUAAAGGAACGGGGAAACGGCUUCAAGUCGAUCCGAGACGCUUCUUCUGAAAGAUCGAUCGUGCGUGGACGCCUAGUGGCACCGACGAUUUCUCGCCAAUUAAGGGCAAUCUGUAAUUGGAUAUAAGGACAUAGACUGCGAGAACGAGGAUGAUGUGGAAGAUUUCGUUGAUCAUCACCUUGACUGUGAUCGUACUCAACACGCAACGCGUCACCAGUCGCGUGCAUGCGGAAAAUGGAUUUAGACCUGGACGGGACGCCCUAGAUAUCCACCCCAGCAGUUAUGGCACCGCUUACGUUCAGUUCACCUUCGAUCAAGAAAAGACUGUCCUAGUUUGGAUACAAACUGAAGAGUGUAUCGGGUGCAAGUUACUACCUAUUGCUUACUUAUCGAGGGAAACGGAAAAAGAAAGAACAGUUGCUUUGAUCGACACAUCGUGGGCGACUAGUAUUAAAGUAACUACAUCCACUGCGACUUAUCCAUCGAUAAAUAACACGUAUUGCGAGUUGAGGCAUCAUUUCGGACUCAUCGGAGAAUAUAAUUUGACCGUACCUGCCACCAUACACAACACGACUGCAGAAUGCAGUUUAAUGAUAUUGAAGAAACCAUUUUAUGAAAAUACAGCUGUACUGCUUGGUUAUACAGUGGCUCUCGUUUGGAUCGUUGGGGCUUUAAUAUGGUACUAUUGUAUAAAAAGGCAUUGUUUUGGGAAGAAGUCGGCUCAAUGCAAUGGGAAUGGCCAUGUGCCACAAGACCAAACCCCUCUGACGCCAGUAAAUGAUAUAAAGGAGAGCUCCACUUCACUUCGACUCAAGUCCGUUGAUACUUUCAGAGGGUUUGCCCUUUUCAAUAUAGCACAAGGGAUAGCAGGUGAUGGACACUACUGGUAUAUUUCUCAUUCUAGAUAUUAUGGUAUAACUGUGGCGGACUUCAUAUUCCCAUGGUACACCAGUCAGUAUAUUCUUCCAUCCCUUUAUAACAUCAAUGAAAACAUCAAUGGAGAGUAUAAUCACGUGACGUUUAAUGCACUUUGUUUUAGGUUUGUUUUCGUCAUGGGAACUUCAAUCCAUCUCGCGUUCAACAACCUCCUCUCCAAAGGCCGAAGUUAUCGCUCAAUCUUCAAGAAGCUGGUCGUGCGAAGCAUCACGCUUUUCAUCCUUGGGGUCUGUUUUCAGUCUCAUAAUGAUUUCCGUACUCUUCGCAUCCCUGGAGUCCUCCAACGUUUUGGUAUCUCGUAUUUCGUAGUUGCUUCUUCAUAUCUUGUUUCUCGACGUCUUCUAGCCAGAAGAAAGGAAAGAACGGGUAAAUGGUAUAUGAUGUUCCGUGACGUCACUGACUAUCUUGAGCUACCUCUGGCUGUCUGUCUCAUUACUAUUCAUCUGCUUCUGACGUUUUUAUUACCAGUUCCCGGAUGUCCACUAGGUUAUCAAGGGCCUGGUGGUCCUCUUGUUGGAGAGAACGGUGAGCUAACGAACUGUACCGGGGGAGCUGCGGGUUACAUCGACCGUAUGUUCUUCACGGAAGCCCACAUGAUAACAAAUUCGAAGAGCGCGAAGAUAUACCGAUCCACUGUACCCGUCGACCCGGAAGGGAUUCUUGGUACUUUCACCUGCAUCACGCUUUGUAUAUUCGGUUUACAGGCGGGUAAGAUUUUGCAUCUCUUUUCCAGCGCGAAAGGGCGCAUCAUCAGACUUCUCAUCUGGGGUAUGGCACUGAUUACCUGCAGCGCCGUAUUAAGUAAAUGCCACUUGGCUGAUGGAUGGAUACCUAUCAACAAAACCCUUUGGUAUGUAUUUAGAACAGAAAGGAAUAAAUUUUUCAUGCAUCGUUGAUUGUUGCCCAUUAAA